AUAGGCUCGGGUUAGAAAUUGGAUUCAAUUCUUCCUGUGAAAAUCAAAGGAUGGAUUAGAUUAAAGUCCAUUCGAGACGACACGUGUCAAAUCUACCAAGGGAAGACCCAUACUUGUAUCCCUAUGCUCGAGGCACUGGAUCAUAACAGAAAACAGUUGAAUCAAGUUGCAACUCCUCGGCAGCCGUGAGCGAGCGCCAUGGAGUUUUGGAACAGAGCCCGCGGCGUCGCCGAGGAGGCGGCGAAGCGAUCGCAGGAUCUCACGAUCGGCGGCGCGUGGAAGCUCUCCGACAUCGUCUCCGACACCGCCAAGCGCUCCAAGGAGAUCAUCGCCGCCGAGGCCUCCAAGCGAGCCGAUCACAUCAAGCAAUUUGCCGACGCCUUUGCUCCGUCGCUACUGCAGCCACCUGCGGCGGAGAUUCCACAACAACAAGAACAAGAGAAGGAUCUGGAAGCGUUCGGAAUCACCGAGGAGUUGAGAGACUUCGCUAACGGAAUGACUUUUGUCACGUUCAAAGAUUUUCCUCUUCCAGAUGAUACACGAUUCUCUGACGUUGCAACAGUCACAAAUGUUAGGCAGGAUCUUACGGAGUGGCAAGAAAAGCAUGCCAAUCUUGUUCUUUCGACCGUCGAGGAAAUUUCAAAAUUAAGAUAUGAAUUGUGUCCACGUGUUAUGACCGAAAGGAAAUUUUGGAGGAUAUAUUUCAUACUAGUUAACAAUCAUGUCGCACCCUAUGAGAAGCGUUAUCUGGAGGAAGUUAAGCAAAAGUCAACUGAACAAUUUUUAGAUGACAGAGUAAAGGAACCUACUAAAGUUGAAACAACUUCUAAAGCAGAGGAUAAGGAAGAAAAACAUCACACUAAAACUUCAACCUCAUCAACUACGGAUCAAGACUUGGAUGCAUUUCUCCUGGGGGACAGUGAUGAUGAUCCAGAUCAUGAUGGUGGGGACUCUGAUGAUGAUUUCGACAAAUUAGUGGACGGAUCGGAUGAAGAGAAGGACAAGUUGUAGAGAAACAAAAAGCUCUUUCAUAAUCUGUAAAGAAUGAAAUUGUUGUCAGCUUGACUCAACAGCAUGUGUUGCUAGAUACUUCAGCCUUUCCAAGGAAAUGGAAUAAAGGUCAUCAUAGGUUCCCCAUUUUUUCUCUCUAUUUUUUUUGUUUUUCCUUAUUCCUUUAUGUGUAUAUAUUAUGAUCUGAUGUAAAUAUACAAUCAGAAAUUAGGAAGACAUGCAUUCUCAGGGCACAAUUGAAUGUUACUCACGUAUAAUGUUGAUCCUUAAGACUUUUAGA